CCAUGUCGCCCGCCUUCGCCUCUCCCUUUCGUUCCCGACUUUUCACUGUUAAACGCUCGUCGUCUUCCCUAUUUAAUUCCAAACUUGAAAACCCCCACCAAAACCGCCACUCCCCCUCACGGGAAUCCCAAACCAAAACCAACACUGUUCGCUUCACAGGGCCCUCUCCCACCCGCCAUUGCCAAGAAUGCCGACCCUCCACCUCCCUCUCCGCCGCCCCAUCGCCGCCGCCGCCACCCUCCUCCUCCUCGCCGCCGCAGCCGAGGCGAGCUACCUCGACUACGGGGACGCAUUGUCCAAGUCCAUCCUCUUCUUCGAGGGCCAGCGCUCCGGCUACCUCCCCCAGGACCAGCGCCUCGCCUGGCGCGGCCACUCCGGCCUCGGCGAUGGCUCGGCCUACGGCGUCGACCUCACCGGCGGCUACUACGACGCCGGCGACAACGUCAAGUUUGGCUUCCCGAUGGCCUUCACCACCACGCUGCUCGCCUGGAGCGUCGUCGAGUUCGGCGACCUCAUGCCCCCGCCCGAGAUGCGGAACGCCCUGGUCGCCAUCCGCUGGGCCACGGACUAUCUCCUCAAGACGGUGUCGCAGCCGAACCGCAUCUUCGUCCAGGUGGGUGAUCCUAACAUGGACCAUAACUGCUGGGAGAGGCCGGAGGACAUGGACACAGCCAGGACGGUUUCUGCAGUCGACGCGCCGAACCCUGCGUCCGAUGUUGCUGGCGAGACCGCGGCAGCUUUCGCUGCAUCGUCCAUGGCAUUUCGGUCGUCGGACCCCGGAUACUCCGACACCCUCCUGAAGAGCGCCGUCAAGGUGUUCGAAUUCGCGGACAGCUACAGAGGAGCUUAUAGCGACAAUUCAGACAUUAGGGACCACGUCUGCCCAUUUUACUGCGAUUUCGAUGGAUACCAGGAUGAGUUGCUGUGGGGAGCGGCGUGGCUGAGGAGGGCAACACAAGACGAAUCUUAUCUGAAUUACAUCCAAGACAACGGCAAGACACUCGGCGCCGACGAGAACAUCAACGAGUUCGGCUGGGACAACAAGCACGCCGGCCUCAAUGUCCUCGUUUCCAAGGAAUUCCUAGGAGGCAAUGUCUACUCGCUCCAGUCCUACAAAUCCUCGGCCGACUCCUUCAUGUGCACCCUCAUCCCGGACUCCUCCUCCUCCACCCACAUUCAGUACUCUCCCGGCGGCCUCAUCUACAAGCCUGGCGGCAGCAACCUCCAGCACGCCACCUCCAUCGCCUUCCUCCUCCUCAUCUAUGCCAACUACCUCUCCGCCACCUCCCAGUCCCUGAACUGUGGCUCUGUCAGCGUCGGCCCCACCACUCUCCGCCAGCUGGCCAAGAGGCAGGCUGACUACAUCCUCGGGGAGAACCCCAAGGGCAUCUCCUACAUGGUCGGGUACAGCGCCUACUACCCCCAACGCAUCCACCACCGUGGUUCGUCGCUCCCGUCGAUCAAGGAUCAUCCCCAGUUCAUCGCUUGCAAGGAAGGGUCCAUUUACUUCAACUCGUCGGACCCAAACCCGAACGUGCUCGUGGGAGCACUGGUCGGCGGGCCUGGGGAGGACGACGAGUACGAGGAUGACAGGGUGGAUUUCCGGAAGUCCGAGCCAACGACAUAUAUAAACGCCCCCUUCGUAGGGGUUCUGGCCUAUUUGAACUCGAAUCCCAAUCCUAGCUGAUGGAUGGAUACGGAUACGCUGGACAAGCUUACGUGAAUACGAAGAGAGUGUAUUAGGAGAUCAUACUGUGUCAAUGAAAGAGCGUAGGGAUCCAAAGGUUGUCUCCCGUCUUAGGCGAAACUAGCCAAGAGGGAAGAGGCUUAUUGGCUUUUAAUUUUUGCCUAAUGUUCCGUCAGCAAAGUUAAAGAGAUCAUUCUUUC